AUGCCGCCAAUUCACUCUCUCGAGGAGUUCCCAGAGCUGCGCGUCGCGGUGGCCUUAAAGGCGCCGCGGCGCCAGCGUUUUCCAAAGGGCAGUAUCCGAAAGUCUGGUCAGGUUACAAAGCCUACGAGCCCGGCCACUUCGACCUUGCCCACACUGCUUACAGGGAAGUGCAGUCAGUCCCUCAAUGCCAAGAAGGAGCUCGAGCGCAAGCCGUGCAAGACCGACGAGGUCUUCUCCAAGGAAAUGUCGGAGCAGCAUCCUGAGCCCAAGUUCAAGGGCAUAACCUUUGAUCCCAAAGAUGGACACCCUUGCCUCGCUGAUUCGACCGGGGGAGACUUUGAAGUCUACCACUUCUUUGGCUUCUGGGGCGUCGACUAA